GGUGACGGAAGAGGUCCUGGCAGCCGGCGCCGCGGAGCCUGCGAAUGCGGGGAAGACGGCCACAGGGUCUGGCAACAGUGUGCGAUCCAGCACUCUCUCAGACAACUGUGGAUAUGUGCAAGGGGCCCACCCCUGAGUCCAGAUGACACUCAUGUUGAUGGCUUCAGUGAUGGCAGUGACUGAACCAAAAUGGGUCUCAGUCUGGGGCCGCUUCCUGUGGGUGAUGCUGCUGAGCAUGGUGCUGGGGUCCCUGCUGGCCCUGCUGCUGCCUCUGGGGGCCAUGGAGGAGCAGUGUUUGGCCUUGCUCAAAGGCUUCUAUCUGCUCAGGAGCAAGUUGGACAGGGCACAGCAUGCUACCACCAAGUGCACCAGCCCAUCCACAGAACUCAGUGUCACCUCCAAGCAUGCAGCACUGCUGGUGGUCAAGACCAAGGCCUCUCCAGCUGCUAACUUGGAAGCUAAAGCAGCUUUGAACCAAGCCCUGGAAAUGAAACGCCAGGGCAAGCGGGAGAAAGCCCACAAGCUCUUCUUGCACGCCCUCAAGAUGGACCCAGACUUUGUGGAUGCGCUCAACGAGUUUGGCAUCUUCUCGGAAGAAGACAAGGACAUCAUCCAGGCAGAUUACUUGUACACCAGAGCGUUGACCAUUUCGCCCUACCAUGAGAAAGCCCUGGUCAACCGAGACCGGACGCUGCCACUGGUAGAGGAGAUCGACCAGAGGUACUUCAGCAUCAUCGACAGCAAAGUGAAGAAGGUCAUGUCCAUCCCCAAGGGCAACUCGGCAUUGCGAAGAGUCAUGGAGGAAACAUACUACCAUCACAUCUACCACACAGUUGCGAUCGAGGGCAACACCCUCACCCUCUCAGAAAUCAGGCACAUCCUGGAGACCCGCUAUGCUGUGCCAGGGAAAAGCCUAGAGGAGCAGAACGAGGUCAUUGGCAUGCACGCAGCAAUGAAGUACAUCAACACCACACUGGUUUCCCGCAUCGGGUCUGUCACCAUCAGCGACGUGUUGGAGAUCCACCGGCGAGUGCUGGGAUAUGUAGAUCCGGUGGAAGCUGGAAGGUUUCGGACAACACAGGUCCUUGUGGGCCACCACAUCCCUCCCCAUCCUCAAGAUGUGGAAAAGCAGAUGCAGGAGUUCAUACAGUGGCUCAAUUCCGAGGACGCCAUGAAUCUGCACCCUGUCGAGUUUGCAGCCUUGGCCCAUUAUAAACUCGUUUACAUCCACCCUUUCAUCGACGGCAAUGGAAGGACCUCACGCCUGCUGAUGAACCUCAUCCUAAUGCAGGCAGGCUACCCACCCAUCACCAUCCUUAAGGAGCAAAGAUCUGAGUAUUACCACGUACUAGAAGUCGCCAACGAAGGCGACGUGAGGCCAUUCAUCCGUUUCAUUGCCAAGUGUACAGAGACCACUCUGGACACCCUGCUCUUCGCCACAACAGAAUAUCCAGUGGCGCUGCCAGAGGCCAAACCCAACCACUCUGGGUUCAAGGAGACACUACCUGUGAAACCUUAACCCUCUAAAUCCUCCCUUGGUGACAAGGAACAUCCAGGAGAAGAAAAAAAAAUCAAAGAAACUGAUCAUUUCUAGAAACCUUGUCAUCUCUCAAAGCAAAAGGAGAUAGAUAAGGGACUUAAAUAUUCUUUACCUCCAAAUGUUUUUUAAAGAAAAAAACUAAAUUAUUAAGCCUUGUCUAUAAGAUAACUUAUAAUUCAGCCAAGUUAUUUAUUUUCUUUUGAGCUAGGAAAUGUAAGAUAUCUGCUCUCUGUGCUGGUGGCCCCUGUUCAUGUGGUGGUCCCAGCAGGCUUUGGGGGCACCAGUGCUUGUGUGACCAGAACAGUUUCUGGAGUAGAAUUUGCACUAAGGUGGAGAAGAGGCCAACAGCUGUAGGACGAGCUCCAGAGCCCAAGGACUAACUCCUCCAAGUCUUUCUUUGAAACGGGCUCCGAGGUUCUGUGACUCUACCUGGGAAGUCAGCACUCCUGGGAAGAACCUGGUCCAAUUUUGAGAAAUGACUGAAAGCUUGCUUGCUUAGAGGAUUUUGUUCCCCUACAAAGAGAUUAGUGCUGUAACUAAUUCUUAGUAGUAGAGCAAACUUCCGAGAUACGAAUGUUGAAACAUUUCUAGUUUGAUACCCUGCUUAUUUCAAGGAAGAGUAUUUGAGCCACACAGUUUGCAAACUAGGCUAGUUUUCCAUAUCGAGACUAUUUUAAGAAUAGGGGAGUGGCCAACCUAGUUUUCUUUCUCUAUCACUGUUUCUCUCAUUUCAUUUGCAGCAACUCAGACCAGAUGUUUUAGUCUAAAAGUUCUCUGGGGUUUCACCGAACAACUGAAUCACUGCAAAUCAAAUACUGUCCAAGUGGGCAAGUCUGCCCUUACCCACCAUCCUCUGAGUUUAACGUCUUCUGUAGGUCAAUGUUAAGGAACAGAUCUAAGAAAACAGAUGCCACAUCAACACCAAAUAAGCAUUUUUGACAAUGAAUUAAGAGUACCAGUUUCCACUGAACCACAGAAAAUCUCUGACCAGAGCUAGGACAUGUCCCUUUUGUUGUUCAGCUUUAUCUACUUACUGACCUGACCCCCACACGUCCCACAGCCACUGUACUGUCCAGCAUCCCCUCAGGGAAGCAGAACAGAUUGCCUUGGAGUAGCCUUAUUUUUCUAGCAACUUAUAGAAUGUUAUAUGUAAUAUGGCCAAGUUGUCAUUCUGUGGAAGUAGAAUCUUCUCUUCCAAUCAUAUAAGGCACAGGUGCCAACAUAACUGCUGCUACUUAAGAGUCAGAAUGGUCAGAAAUCUUUAGGUUUCUCUUCCAGGGACAAAGUCCAUGAUGUCUAACACUGUACUGCACUUUGUCAGUAUCUGAAUGAUGGUGAAUAUAUACAGGGUGUUCUCUGGUUUGAGAAUUCAGAUACUGAUAGUAAUGAGGUCACUAUUCUUAUGUAGCAAGUGUUUACAAUUACCUAAUUAUAUAAUCUCAGAGUGGUUUUCCGAAAGAUUAAGGAAAAUAAGUGUAAAUGUAUAUGAAAUGGCCCCGUGAUAGUUAUUCAAACCUUUAUAGAAAAUAUUUUCAUAUUUGUAUCCUGCCAUAAGGUAUUUCUUAAACCUUAACUCUUCUAUUGUCUUGGUUUUAUAAGCACAACAAGGAGGCCUGACAGAGUGCUUGCUUUGUACUAUAGAAAUUGGCACUUUAGCUAUAUGUGAAGGAUAUUAUUUUAACAAAUAACUGACUCUAAUAAAGUAUUUUAUUUAAUAAAUGCCUAA